CGUAGUAUCUUCCGAUCUAACGAGAGACGUGGUUUAUUUUGCGUGAAAUGGCAACCCUACCUAAGAUUUGUAUUUGGUGUGUUAUUGUGGCUAUUGCUGUGUCUUAUCCACACUAUUACCCCUACGUCCCAAACAGUAGGAACGUGCCUUACACGUGUCCCGGGGCCGGACCUAAUGAAAAAUUCCUCAGGAUUGGACAUUGGCCGAAUUUCUUCGAGAGGAAUCCCUUUGGACAGAACUUCUCCUUGGACUGGACGGUUAUCUGUGACCUUGACCCCGACAUGGACAACAGAACGAGCGGUGAAGAACUCGGUGACCCAAAUUGUCAAUGGAUACAUGAUAACGUCACCACACACACAUUCCUCACCGAGGCAACGAGUAAUCCAGGUAUUGCAGAGGAGUUUGUAAAUGGGAAAUACGUCGUACUUGAACAUUUGAGGGGAAUCGCCUGUCCCGAGGCUUUCAUUCUCUUCUAAUCAUUCAUUAAGAAAAAUUACAUGUUUGUCAUAUAAAAGAAUAGCUAGUUAAAGAUUUGGCAAUUCAUCUUAUCCUGAAAUUUUCCAAUAUUUGUGGAAAUCUUUUGAACAAGAGGCUCAAUAGGUCUGUACUCAUCACUGGAUAUUUGUCUCCAAUUUCAGUGUGUCCUUAAAAGUGAACCAUGGUCAAAUCUGUUAAAAUAGUCUUAAUUAAGCUACACGUCAAAUAUCAAAAUCUAACACUCUUAGUUUUUCAUAAGAGCCCGUUAAAAAGACUUUUUAACACAUUUGACACAUGUGACCUUUACAUUUGAACGAGGUCAUUCAUUUGAAUAAUAAUAAU